GAAAGCGAUAAGGGCAGGCUGCGAGCGGCGGGGAGGGAAUCCCCGAGCGGGCUGGAGGCAGAAAACACGCGUGAGGUGGGAGGGUGGGGCCGGCCCGAGGUGGCCUCGGUGACUCCCCGAAGAUGUGGGCACCGAUGCCCGGGGCAGGGCAGCAGCGGGAGAUGCUGUGCUUUAUGCCCGGGGUGGCUGCCGUGCCCGCGCUGCUUGUCGGUUGGUCCUCGGCCGCCUUCAUCAUCUCCUAUGUGAUCGCCGUGCUGGCGGGCCACGUCGAGCCGCUCGUCCCCUACAUCAGUGAUACUGGAACUAAACCUCCGGAGAGUGGUAUCUUUGGUUUUAUGAUUAAUAUUUCAGCACUUUUAGGUGCAAUUACAAUGUAUAUCAGAUAUUUAAUAAUAGAGAAGCAAAAUGAAUCAUUGCGCUUUGUUAGGUCUUCAUGCAACGUGUUUUCAUUGUGUAUUGGAUUGAUGGGUUGUACUGGAAUGGGCAUAGUUGCAACUUUUCAGGAGUUGUCUGUUCCCAGCGUCCAUGACAUAGGAGCUUUGGUGGCAUUUGGCUGUGGUGUUGUAUACAUAACACUUCAAUCUAUAAUCUCUUACAAGUCCUGCCCACAGUGGAACACUUAUUUUGUGUGUCACAUAAGGAUGCUCAUAUCUGUAAUAUCAUGCAUUUCUUUCAUUCCCAUGAUUGUGUUUGCUUCAAGAAUUUCCAUGACAAAAAUUGAUUGGACUCCAAGUGAAAAGGAUUAUACUUAUCAUUUCAUGAGUGCAAUCUGUGAAUGGACGGUGGCCUUUGGUUUCGUCUUCUUCUUCUUAACAUUCAUUAAAGAUUUUCAGAGAGUUACUUUAAGGAUAUCAACAGAAAUACAUGAAGACUCCUGAUAGCAGAGAAAGCUGUAUUUUAUGUUGAUGAAUACCCUAUGUUUCUUUUUUACUUAUGGAGAAUUGCAGAGGAGCAGGGAUUUUAAGUUCUAUGAAGAACCCACACCAUUAAUUCUGCAACAACUUUAAAGGCAUCUACCAAAACAUUUUAAAUACUAGCAGCAAUAUUCCUGCUCUCUUUUUGCAUUAUUUUGUAAUUUUUAUACUGUCUUGUAUAUUCAAAAUACUGCAAUAGAAGUAAUCUAUAGAAACAUUUCAAAGACGUGGACCUCCUCAGCUCUUCCCUUCUGGGCAGAGUCAUAGUUUUUUUCCUUUGUUAUAGUCUGAUAAGUUGCAUUAUUUUUAAACUUGAGAAAAUACAACCUGGAAAUAGUUUGGAAAGUUUAAAGACAACGGACAACACUAAAUCUGAACUCCUACUCUUAAGUUGCAAGGACCAUGGAGGAAGCAAAAGCUGGCAUCUUUGUUUCGAGAUUUGAUAUUUGCAGUUAGUUGACUGGAACACUAUACUACAAGUUUCUGAUAGUGGACACAAAUCCUAGAAGUUUAAACUAUAUUGCUUGAAAAAUGUUUUCUAAUCAUCUCUACACAAUAUGCACUGUAAAAGUCUACCCCCUUUUCUCCCCUUUUAUGCAUUGAUGGCCAUAGGAAGCUCAAAACUGAAGUGGAAUGGGAAGGGAAUUUACAUUUAUGUAAGAUGUACUAAAAAUAAAUUGCACUGCUGUUUGGUUAAUACAGAGCAGAAGUUUUCCAGUCUUUGUUUUAAUCUACAAUGAUGGUCUCCAAAAUGUCAUUGAGAAUGAAUGGAAAACAAGAAGAGGCACCAGUAAUUUUCACGUAUUCAAUUAUAAGUGUGUGAGUAUGAUAGAUGUAAAGAAAUUAAAAAAUAAUCCUGGAGAGCUUCUGUGGUUAAGAUAUGGCAUAUUUACUGCUAUUAAUUUACUUCUGUAAUGAAGUACUUGGAAAGGACCUAACUGAGAAGUCACACGUUACCAAUGAAGGCAAAACGUUCUUUCAUGGGCUGAUUCACUACCUCCACUUAGCACAUUAACCACUUGGCCACCCAUCAAAUUCUGUGAAAAUUAUAUCAGGCAUGAUGUAUCACCCUUUUUUUUGCAGAAAUAUUCAUGAUUUUCAGUUGCUAAUUUUCCAUGAGAUAAAACAAAUGUUUAUUUUGGAGAGUGAUGCCUUAAGACUAGUCUUCCGUUGGUAUUUCCUUUAAUGGGUAUUUUAAACUGUAAUAAAUUCAUCUGUUUCACAUCUUAAAA